GUUAGGUCCUUACUGCUGCUUCAGUUAAGUUCGAUCGUCCCAACGAGCACACACCGCUUCCAGAGUUACAUCGGACGAGGUGCAAGUAACUGUCGGUUGGUCAGUUGUCAGUGAACAUUUUACAGCACGCACAAAAAUGCGCUUUUUUGUGGUUUUUGCUGCCUGUUUGGCCGUUGCCUCCGCGGAUAUUGGACUGAAGCUUCGUCAAGCUGCAGCUGCCGGUGCAGCGAGCAGCUAUGACGUUGGACAGCAAUCGGUAACGGUGGACUAUGCGCCAGCGGUGUACGAGGACACCAUCGUCGAUGGUGGUCGUUCCUUUGCCAACGGACCGGGCGCUGAGUUUGCCGAUGUUGGCUCGCGAUCCUCGUUCAGUGGCGCUAGUGCGUCGGCUGGCGCUGUAUCGGGUGCUGCGUCCGGUGCCGUAUCGGGUGCCAGUGCUGGAGCAAGUGCUGGAAGCGCUGAGUACAACGCCGGCUACCAGGCAGGACUUCGUGCCGCUUACUCCGGUGCUUCGGCCAACGCCGGAUCUAAUGCACAAUCUUCGGUCGGUGUGGCCGAUACGCGAUUCGGCUCGUCCGGCUCGUUCUCGGGUGCGUCCUCCGGUAGCUCCAGCUUCGCCAGUGGUUCGUCGUUCGGUUCGUCGUCCGGCGCUUCUAGCUCGGCCGCUGCCCAGACGAACGUCCGCUAUGCGGCACCGGUGAUCCAGAAGCACUUCUACUACCAUGUCGCACCGGAGGAGCCGAAGGCCGCUGCCGAAGCCAGCACGCUGACCAUUACGCCCCGCAAACACUACAAGGUCAUCUUCAUCAAGGCUCCGUCUGUCAGCGCCAAUGCCGGUGCUGCGGCCCAGGCUGCGAGCAGAACCGAGGAGAAGACGAUCGUGUACGUGCUGGUUAACAAGCCGGCUCAGGCUAAGGCUGGUUCGGUUGCCGACGCUAGCUCGUUCUCGUCCGGCAAGCCGGAGGUCUACUUCGUCAAGUACCAGGGCAAGGACGCGCAGGCCAAUGCAUUCGCCGAUGCUCAGUCGUUCAGCGGUGCCGGUGCCAACUCGGGUUCGUUCAGCGGUGCCAACGCCGGUGCAUUCAGCGGUGCAUCCGCUGAUGCUGGCGCUUUCAGUUUGGGCGGUGCCGAUGCUGGAUUCGGCGGUAGCUUCGAUGGUUCCGCCGGUUCGUUCGCCGGUGCGUCCAGCUCUGCCGGAUCUUCCGGCAGCGAGUACGAUUACAACCUCCGCUCGGCUGUGGACUCGGACGAUUCGGCUGCCGGUGCCUUCAACUCAGCCGCCACCGCUGGAGCUGCCGCCGGAGCGCAGGGAGUGUCCGCCUUCAAUGGAGCCGUUGCUGGUGCUAAUGCUGGCGCUACCGCUGUCAAUACUGUCGUCUACUAAGGUCUCGUCACCUGCUACCCUAAGUGAAAGAGGCAGCCAACCCAACCCAAAGCGCUAGUGUUUUUUUGUCUUGUGGACAGUGCACGAUAAAGACUGUGACGGUUACAGCAGCCAAGCGAUGAGAUUACGUACGGAACAGGUCAACUACACACCGGAAGCGGACAAACUGCCCGAACUAAGUUAGUCAUGUGUGAUGGGAGUCACACCGCAACUCUUCUCCAGCGAAAAUAUCCUACAACUCCAUUUACGAACCCUCUGUAUCCUUCUGCUUCUCGGCACUCUGUACCAAUUAAUCUUGUCUUUAUUUUGUUUCCUAACUAAGAUCAAUAAAAAAAAUACCAACAAUGUGUACAAAACAAUGAAAA